AUGCCUCGCAAAGCCGCCCCAGCCUACGUCCUCGGCGUGGGCAUGACAAAGUUCAUCAAGCCUCGAGGAAAGGUCGACUACCAUGAGGUUGGCUUCGAAGCCGGUGUCAAAGCCAUGCUCGAUGCCCAGAUCAAUUAUGAUGACGUUGAUCAAGGUAUUGCCUGUUACUGCUAUGGCGAUUCUACUUGCGGACAGCGAGUUUUCUAUCAAUUCGGAAUGACCCAGAUUCCUAUCUACAAUGUCAAUAACAACUGCUCAACCGGCAGCACUGGGCUGAACAUGGCACGACAAGCUAUCGCAUAUGGCGCCGCUGAUUGUGUUCUUGUCGUUGGCUUCGAGAAGAUGUCUCCUGGUAGCCUACAGAACUACUUCAACGAUCGCGAGCCACCUACCAGCACGACGAACAAGAUUAUGCUAGAAACAAGAGGUGUAACUAAUGCUCCGGGAGCCGCUCAGCUAUUCGGCAAUGCUGGCCGUGAGUACAUGGAGAAAUAUGAUGCAAAGGCUGAAGAUUUUGCCGAGAUCGCAAGAGUCAACCACGAACAUAGCAAGCGAAACCCUUACUCUCAAUUUCAGCAAGAAUAUACUCUGGAAGAAAUCCUCAAGUCACCCAUGAUCUUCUCCCCUCUCACUAAACUCCAGUGCUGUCCGACGUCAGAUGGUGCAGCUGCAACGGUCGUGGUUUCGCAAGAGUUCCUCGACAAGCGACCGCACCUCAAGUCUCAGGCUGUCCUUAUUGCAGGUCAACAGCUCGCCACUGACUCCCCAAAUCUCUUCAAUAAAUCAUCAAUUGAGCUAGUCGGCUACAGCAUGUCUGAAUUUGCUGGAAAGGAGGCUCUCAAGCAGGCUGGCAUCACUCCCAACGAUGUUAGUGUCGUAGAGGUUCACGAUUGCUUUAGCGCCAAUGAAUUAGUGACGAUUGAUGCUCUUGGGCUGUCUCCCAAGGGUAAAGCACACGAAUUAGUACGCGCCGGUGGUAUCACGUAUGGAGGAAAAUAUGUCAUCAACCCCUCCGGUGGAUUGAUCUCCAAGGGUCAUCCUCUCGGAGCUACCGGUCUAGCACAGUGCGCCGAACUCGUAUGGCAUCUACGAGGCUGGGCCAACAACCGCUUGGUCAAGGAUACCAAAUAUUGCCUACAACACAAUCUUGGCCUAGGAGGCGCUGUUGUAUGCACCGUCUACAAGCGUGCCGACGGACAGGCCGCAAAACCAGUAUCAGACGAGGAAGUUGCUAAGAUCACCGGUCUUGGUUACAACCCUGCAACUCAGGCCAAGGGAUUCACGCCCGCACAAGCCAAACAGGCCGUAUCUCAGAAACAAUUCUCCGACUGGGCCCUACAGGACGUGGGAACAAAGGUUCAAUCGAGGUUUUGA